AUGGCCGGGCAGCCGUGGGGCGCGCCGGGCGGGACCGUGAAGGGCAAUAGCAGCGCGCUGCUCAACGCCUCCCAGCAGGUGCCCGACGGCGGCGAGGACGCGCGGCCGCGACCCUCGUGGCUGGCCUCCACGCUGGCCUUCGUCCUCAUCUUCACCAUCGUGGUGGACAUCCUGGGCAACCUCCUGGUCAUCCUGUCCGUGUAUCGGAACAAGAAGCUGAGGAAUGCAGGAAACGUUUUUGUGGUGAGCCUCGCCGUGGCAGACCUGGUGGGGGCCGUUUACCCGUACCCCUCGGUGCUGACGUCUGUAGUUAACAACGGGUGGAACCUGGGCCACCUGCACUGCCAAGUCAGCGGCUUCCUGAUGGGCUUGAGCGUCAUUGGCUCCAUCUUCAGUAUCACGGCCAUUGCCAUUAACCGCUACUGCUACAUCUGCCACAGUCUCAGGUACGACAAGCUGUACAGCAACAAGAAUUCCCUCUGCUGCGUGUUCCUGAUAUGGAUGUUGACGCUGGUGGCGAUCAUGCCCAACCUGCGCGUGGGGACCCUGCAGUAUGACCCGCGCAUCUACUCCUGCACCUUCACGCAGUCCAUCUGCUCCACCUACACCAUCGCCUUGGUGGUUUUCCACUUCAUCCUGCCGAUGCUCAUCGUCAUCUUCUGCUACCUGAGAAUAUGGAUCCUGGUUCUUCAGGUCAGAUGGAGGGUGAAACCUGACAGCAAACCCAAACUGAAACCCCAGGAUUUCCGGAACUUUGUCACUAUGUUUGUGGUUUUUGUGCUUUUUGCCAUCUGCUGGGCUCCGCUGAACUUCAUUGGUCUUGCGGUGGCCUCGGACCCUGACAGCAUGGUCCCCAGGAUCCCAGAAUGGCUGUUUGUUGGCAGUUAUUAUAUGGCGUAUUUCAACAGCUGCCUCAAUGCAAUUAUUUAUGGACUACUGAAUCAAAAUUUCAGGAAGGAGUACAGGAGAAUUAUAGUGUCCCUGUGCACAGCCAAGAUGUUCUUUGUGGAUAGCACUGAUGAGGUGGCAAAGAGGGUUAAAUGCAAACCCUCUCCACUCAUGACCACCAAUAACCUAAUAAAGGUGGACCCUGUUUAA